CCUUUCCCACUUACCACUCUCGCAUUAUCGCUACUAUAAAUACACAGGCACUCCAAGUUUCCUCUCAAUCUCAAUCCUCACAAACUAAACAAUUAUCAAACACCCAAUACUCUCAAUACCCAGAAAAACUCCAUUUUCUCUUGUUGUGCCAAUGGCUACAAACGGAAUUGCCUCUGUUUUUGAUAGUGAAAAUCACCCCUUUUGCAAUCCUUGUGUGCCUUGCCCACCACAUUGGAAGAAGGCUGCAGAGUCUCUCCAAUGUGCCCAUUUUGAUGAAGUCUCUCAAAUGGUGUCCCAAUUUGCCAAUGCCAAAACAGUUGAAAUCCAAGGUACCACCCUCACUGUUGCUCAGGUCACUGCUGUUGCUCGUCGGGUCGAAGUAAAUGUUUGCCUUGACGAGGAUGCUGCUCGUGGCCGAGUGGCAAAGAGCGCCGAUUGGGUUGCAGUGAACAUCUCUCGUGGGACUGACACUUAUGGUGUUACCACCGGCUUUGGUGCCACUUCUCAUAGGCGUACCAGUAAAACUGGUGACCUUCAGACAGAGCUCAUUCGGUUCCUCAAUGCUGGGGUCAUUGGCAAGGAGAAUCUUCCGACCAGUUAUUCCAAGGCAGCUAUGCUCGUCCGUACCAACACACUAAUGCAAGGUUAUUCUGGUAUACGGUGGGAGAUUCUUGAAUCUAUUGCCAAGCUUAUGAAUGAAAAUUUGAUCCCUAAGCUGCCUCUGAGAGGGACUAUCACAGCUUCAGGCGAUCUUGUGCCAUUGUCUUAUAUUGCUGGUUUGUUAACUGGCCGUCACAAUUCCAAGGUAGAAACCCCUAAAGGGGAAGUGAUUACAGCUAUUGAAGCUUUGAAGAGAGCAGGAAUUGAGGCUCCAUUUGAGCUACAAGCGAAGGAAGGUUUGGCUCUUGUGAAUGGAACAGCGGUUGGCUCAGCUGUAGCUGCAACUGUUUGUUUUGAUGCCAAUAUUUUGGCUCUGCUAGCAGAAAUUCUCUCUGCUUUGUUCUGUGAGGUCAUGCAUGGAAAGCCAGAGUACACAGACCCACUUACUCAUGAGCUUAAGCAUCAUCCUGGCCAGAUUGAAGCAGCUGCUAUCAUGAAACACCUGUUAGAUGAAAGUGACUACAUGAAAGAAGCAAAAAUUCGCCAUGAGAAAGACCCGCUUACAAAGCCUAAACAGGACAGAUAUGCAAUUAGAACCUCUCCACAGUGGCUGGGUCCACAAAUUGAGGUUAUUCGGGCAGCCACUCAUUCAAUUGAGAGGGAGAUCAAUUCUGUCAACGAUAAUCCAUUGAUUGAUGUAGCUCGAGACCUUGCCCUUCAUGGAGGAAAUUUCCAAGGAACACCAAUUGGUGUUUCUAUGGACAAUCUCAGGAUUGCCAUUGCAGCAAUUGGAAAGCUCAUGUUUGCUCAGUUCUCUGAACUCGUUUGCGACUACUACAACAAUGGGUUGCCUUCCAAUUUGAGCGGAGGACCUAAUCCAAGCUUGGACUAUGGAUUAAAAGGUGCAGAAAUAGCGAUGGCCGCAUAUUGCUCAGAGCUUCAGUACUUGGCAAAUCCUGUAACUACUCAUGUUCAAAGUGCUGAACAGCACAAUCAAGAUGUGAACUCUCUAGGCUUGAUUUCGGCAAGAAAAAGCGCUGAAGCCAUUGAAAUCCUGAAGCUUAUGUCCGCGACUUUCAUGGUGGCACUUUGCCAGGCAAUUGAUCUAAGGCAUUUGGAGGAGAACAUGAGGGAAGUUGUGAAACAAGUGCUCCGCCAGGCGGUAAGGAAAACCCUAUACAUUUCUGAAGAUGGAAUGCUGCUCGAAUCGCGUUUCUGCGAGAAAGAGCUCUUGCAGGUUGUUGAGCAUCAACCUGUAUUCUCCUAUCUCGAUGACCCAACAAAUCCUUCUUAUGCACUUCUGCCUAAACUGCAAGAGGUACUCGUCAAGAAAGCACUUAAAGAUCCUAAAUCUGAACGGGCUGAUGAAAAUGGCUACACAAUAUUCAAGCGAAUACCAGUUUUUAUGGAGGAAUUGAAGGCAAGACUGGAAGAAGAAGUGUCAAAAGCGAGAGGGAGAUUUGAUGGUGGGGAAUUUGCUAUAGCAAACAGGAUCAAGAAAUGCAGGACUUAUCCGAUAUAUGAGUUUGUCAGAAGUGAAGUAGGGACUGAGCUUCUUAGUGGGGAAAAGAAAGUGAGCCCAGGAGAGGAUAUAGAGAAAGUCCACGAGGCUAUCAAUGCAGGGAAACUUGGGGAGGUUUUGAUCAAGUGCUUAGCAGAUUGGAAAGAGAGAUCCCCUGUAUUUUAAUUUUAUGUAUCAUAGGCAAUCUGGCAUUAUUCUAGUUUUCAUAAAUUUUGUAUGAGAUCCAUAUGUGAAUCUAAAUUUUCCUAGUAAUAAGAAUUCUCAAUUUCACUGCAA